AUGGAUUUUGAAUCCCCGCCACCUUCCACCAGUUUGGUCAAUUGUUGUGAUUGUGAGUGUGGUUGUUCGAUGAUGAACCGGUCAUAUUCGGGCACAUGGCUUCGUACUAUGAAGCGCAAAUUUGAUGAAUAUGAGGAAAGCAAUGCGUGUGUGAUUCCGGGUCUUAGCUCUUCCCAUGUCGCACGUGUUGAAAUUGGAAAUGAGUGUAUUGUGUUGCGAGAAAUGGUUAGCAGCCAACAACAGACAAUUGUGGAUCUUUCUAUUGAAUUGGAGGAAGAGAGAAAUGCGGCCUCAUCAGCUGCGAAUGAGGCUAUGUCAAUGAUUUUGAGGUUACAAAGGGAAAAGGCUGAAAUUCAAAUGGAGUCUCGGCAAUUCAAGAGGUUUGCCGAGGAGAAAAUGGCGCAUGAUCAACAGGAGUUUUUUGCUUUGGAGGAUUUUUUGUAUAAGAGAGAGCAAGCCAUUCAGUCACUCACCUGUGAGGUUCAGGCCUAUAAACAUAGGUUAAUGAGUUAUGGGUUUACAGAGGCUGAGGCAGAGGGAGGAGAAAGAGGUGGAAUGAGCCGAAAUAAUAGUGUUGUUGAGAACCUUGAUGGGCAGUUUGAUUUUCCCUCAUAUGAUUAUCCUCCUCUCAAGUGCAAAGUGAAUGAGACCUUAGUUUAUUCCGAAGUUGACAAUGGAGACGUAGAUGUCGAGAAAUAUGCAUUUGGUGAGACCCCACGUUCUUUGAAGGAUUUGGAAUACCGCAUCAAUCAACUGGAGAGAAGUCCAAGACACAUUCAGCCUGAUGGUGAUCUUCUCGGUGCAAAACACAUGCUUGAAAAGGUGAUAGUUGGUCAGUCUCCCAGGCGACCUAGGCAUUGUAGAAGGUUUUCUACUGAUAGUUGUGUUUCACCCUUUGUGACGGUAAGAGAGACGGGCUCAUUUUUUGACACUGAUUCCCCUACCCAUCUUGCUGCCAGCACUAAGAAGAUGGAAUACACACAGACAGAGGACUGUUCUAAUCUGAAAAAGGCAGAUAAUACAUCUGAAGUUGGAGAUGACACGAGUGACAGAAUUUAUACCAUUGAUUCUGUUCACAACGGGGCGUAUAGUGGCAUUGCAGAGCCAAAAGCUUUUGUUGGAAUAGGUGAUGACUAUAUGACUACUCCAAGAGAGUCACUGAAUUAUGUGAAUGUGGAAGAUCCGGAGAUCACGAAGUUAUACAUGAGGCUUCAGGCCCUUGAGGCAGAUAGAGAAUCAAUGAGACAGGCAAUCAUUUCGGUGCGGACUGAUAAGGCCCAAUUGGUAUUAUUGAGGGAGAUGGCUCAACAUUUAUGUAAAGAAAUGUCGCCUGCAAGAAGUAUGCCAGUAAGGAAACCAUCUCUUAUUGGGAGCUUUUCCUUCAUGUCGAUAUUCAAGGAAAUAAUUGGAUUAGCAGGAGUACUUUUGUUGCUUGGAGAAGAUAUAGUGGAAGGCCCACUAUUGCUCUUGGAUCGUGUGCUUUGUUUUUUGGAGAAAGAAAGCACGGCGAAGCAAGUACAUGUUUGGGCGAUCUUCCAACAAGGUGGGAUUACUAAUGCUUUUAGACAAGGGAACUCGUGUGGGGCAGUGGAGAUGUCUUUCAAGUACGCAAGUGUGAAAUCUGCGGAUCGUGGGAUUCUUUUACGCUUUUCCUCUGCCUGA